CAAUGAACUCGAGAGAGAGUAACAUAGAAAUAGCAAAGGUCAGUUUUGACAAAGAUUCUGCAGCAGAAGAACCAACAGUCGGAACUUCAUCGGAGGUGUUGAUUGACAAACAACCACAGACUGCGACGGACCCACAACAAGCUCUUCAAGAAUACAAAGCGGCUCUUCCUCAGCCCGUGGAUCCAACAGUGCUUUCACCAAGUACUAGCAUCGCUUCCACUUCCCUAACCUCAGAAGCACUGACUUCAUCUUCAACAAAACAGCACCCUCCGCGGAGGAGUUGGUUGAUUUUCAUGGUCUAUUUAAGAUUAAGGAAAGACGAGCUCGCUUACUUGAUGAAGCAUUUGUCAAAUAUCCACAUUUAAGGGAAUGGAAACUCACACAAAGGACUCCUAGGAUUUGCAAGAUGGGAUACAAGUGCUUAGCUGACAUGCUAGCAUUUUUAAAAUCAGAGACACCAAAGACAGUGGAUGAUUCAAAGAUGGAGGAAUUUGAAAAUCUAUAUUAUGAACUGGAAUUUUUUGGCUUUGACAAGAUUUGGUUGGCAUCUACUCGCCAGAGACUGACGGAUAUGCUAGCUGAUCAUGAUAA